CGGCCGGGGAGGGGCCGGCACAGCCGCGGCAAAAUGAGCCUGCUGUCGGCCAUCGACACGAGUGCCGCCUCGGUGUACCAGCCGGCCCAGCUGCUCAACUGGGUCUACCUGUCGCUGCAGGACACGCACCAGGCUAGUGCCUUCGAUGCCUUCAGGCCAGAACCGCCCGCCGGCGCCGCGCCCCCGGAGCUGGCCUUCGGCAAGGGCCGCCCGGAGCAGCUGGGCUCGCCCCUGCACUCCAGCUAUCUCAACAGCUUCUUCCAGCUGCAGCGCGGAGAGGCCCUGAGCAGUAGCGCCUACAAGAGCGCCUCGCCCUACGGCUCCCUCAACAACAUCGCCGACGGCCUCAGCUCCCUCACUGAGCACUUCUCGGACCUGACCCUCACCUCCGAGGCCCGCAAGCCCAGCAAGCGGCCCCCGCCUAACUACUUGUGCCACUUGUGCUUCAACAAAGGACACUACAUCAAGGACUGCCCCCAGGCACGCCCCAAAGGUGAGGGUCUGACACCGUACCAGGGCAAAAAGCGCUGCUUUGGCGAGUACAAGUGUCCCAAGUGCAAAAGAAAAUGGAUGAGCGGAAACUCCUGGGCCAACAUGGGACAGGAGUGCAUCAAGUGCCACAUCAACGUGUACCCACACAAGCAGAGACCCCUGGAGAAGCCCGAUGGCCUGGACGUGUCUGACCAGAGCAAGGAGCACCCACAGCACCUCUGCGAGAAGUGCAAGGUCCUGGGCUACUACUGUCGCCGCGUACAGUGAGCCACCUGCAGCGCCCCCUGCCGGCCACGCUGCCUCCCCUGCCCUGCUCCCAGGGGCUGCAUGUCCCCUGGCCAGGGGGCUCUUGGGGUCUUUGUCUUGAGUGUGUUGACAAACAGUGUUACUGACAUUGCUGCCCCAACAGGCUGCGGGAGGCAGAGGCCCGGGGCUCUUCACAGCCUGGGGGUCUGUGGAGGCCUAGGCCCCACAGAGUCCUUGGUGUUCCCCUGGCUCUUCUCUUCUGAGAGUCCCUUUGGAGGGAGCAGCCUUGUAUUGGCCACAAGUGCACUAAAUUUACUGUGAAUCCCAAAGCCUGCAGGGGACUACUUCCCCAAGACCAGCCAGGCCAGCUUCUCUCACCCAGAACCUUUCGAUUUGCCCUGUAUGAAAAGUCACUUUGGAAAGCCCUAUCAGUCAGUCCUAGGUAGCAACCACGGGGGGCAGAUGCUUCCUCCGCAGCUGCUGGGGAGCGGGCCUCUGUGCCCUGCCCACACUGAGCCCCAAACUCUGACCAUCUCUGAUGUCAGUGCAUCACACCCAGGAGCUGCACCCGGGGGACCCAGAGGGCAGAGGCAGGACAGGGAAGGCUCUGAAUGAUGCUCCAAGGUAUGUCCUGGGGCAUGUGGGGAAGCACCCCAGUGACCCCCAGCAGCACUUCCCACCAGCUGGGUGCUGUGAGCCCUGUUCCCUGUUCUGCCUCUUUCCUCCCACCCACACCAGGUGCUGCAAUCCCACCAGGCUGCCAGAUGUAGCACAGAAAAUACUCUGACAGGAAGGACACAGGCCUGGCAUUCUGGAGAUGUACCAUGUCACCUGGGGCAAGGACUUCUCAUCUCCAGCCUCAGUUUCCCCACGAUUUAAGUGAAAGAGUAACACUACAAAGCCUAGAAGUCCCCCAGCUCUGAUGUUCCAGAAGUAGGCUGGCCCCAGGCCAUGCUCCAGAACAGAGAGCUUUUUUUGGAAGGAGUCCCCUGGAUGGUGGGCGACACCUCCAGGAGCCCUGUACUCCAUACCACUGCCCCUCACUGUGUCGCCUGGGGAGUCACAUUCUCCCCUUCUGCCCCCUGCAACUCCGCUUUGACUGUUGUCUCCUCCCUGCAAACCCCCCCAUCCUCCUAACCCAGGUCUCCCCAGCCCUCACUGGGGCAACCCUGAGACAAGCCACAGAACCUCUCAUUUGGAAAAAGGGGACAAUGAUUGCCUACCUCCCAAGGGAUCAGAGAGGCCUCUUGGCACAUCACAUGGUCAGGGAGACCACCGUUCUGGCAGGCAGGAGGGCGCCUCCUCUCUCCCCAGUGAGAAGCCCCAUUCCUAUUGUCCUCUCCCCCUGCCCCCGCUGGGGGAGGGAGAGAACUGGCUGCCAGGACUGAGUCGCUUGAUUUUGCCCCAACAUUUUGCCUCUGUGGGGAAAAAAAAAAAUCAGACCAUGAAAUGGGCCUGAAAUUCAGUGUUUACCAUGGCUUGAGGACACCCAUCCGGUGCCCAGUCGCCUUUUGUUUUCAAUUGAAAAUGUUUUGUGCAACUGAAGAGUUACAGUGAAGUGUUAACCAAGGGUCCAGGGAGCAAGUGGACGAGAUGGAGAGUAUCUGCAGCCCGCUGGCUGCAAGGAAGAUUUUGGGGCCAUAUCCUCUGAGCACUUAAGAGCCGUUUUUGAGCUCCCUCCUUGCUGCGUGUAGGGAUGGGGGAUGGACUGAGCACCCAACCACCACUAGGGAUUGCCUCUGAGCCUGCCCCAGCCCAGCUGCUGUGUUUGGGUGACCUGGGUGGCCUUGGCCCAAAGCUUUUGUCCCUAAGGAAAAGCUGUUGCUGUCAGUCAUCCUACUGGGCCUCCAAAGAGAAACUUUGCCAUGGUGGCAGUAUGCUAACCUCCACUGUGAGGACAUGCCAGACAUGGGGACCGUUGGCCCAAGGAUGCCUGGGGCCUGCCAACUGGGCUGCAAAGGUAGGGAAGCCCACACUCUUAAAAGAACCGGGAUUCCAGAGCACAGGAGGCCAGAGCCAGCCAGAGAUGGCCUCUCACCCCAAAGUGGCCUUUUUGGUGGCCAUUGUCCUAACAUCUGUGCAGCAGGGGCUGGGCUAUCCCUCCUGGGGUGGCCCUUGGAGGCUCUUCGAGGUCAGCAGGAGACACUGCUGUCUGGGCCAGUGCUGUGAGAAUUAAGUGCUCAGUGGACCUGGGAGCCCAGGAGACAAGAAAGUUUUGUGGUUUUAGUAUGUUCAAAAGGGACAACUGCUUGCAGUCAGUAGAUCUAGCGAUCUAGUUGGGAGAUAAUGGUGUUUACCCCCCAUGAAGUAUUUGAUAGCUCUACUUGUGAAUUUGUAUUUAUUUUGCAUUAUACUUGACACAGAAAUCCUUUUUUAAAAAAACAAAAAUACUAUGUGUGUAUUUUGGGAAAAAAAACUCAUAGAUGUUAAAAUUUCUGCACAGUUACCAGUUUUUCUCACAACACUGAAUUUGGUAGCUUCUCCCGAAAAAUCUUCACAGUGAUUUUUGUCUGUAUAUAUUUGAGGGCCUUUUUUUUAAAAAAAAAAAAAAAAGAAAGAAAGAAAGAAAAAAGAAAAAGAAAAGAAAAAUAUGUUUGCCUGAUUUUUUUGAGACAAAAAAAAAGAGAGAGGCAUUUUCAAAUUUUCAGAGCUUUCAGGAGGGCAAUAGAAUAUCAAAGAAAGAUUUCUGGAAGUAUUUUGCAAACCUUCUGGUUGAGCAGCAAGAAAAUAUUUAUGGUGAGAAGUUUUCUUUUUUCUUUUUCCUGUUAUGGUUUUGGAUUUUUUUUUUUUACUAUGCUUUUGUCCUGUAAAAAGUAUGCAACUGAACUACAUUAAGAAGGAAAUAUUGUCUACAUAGAAUAUUAUAUGAAGUUGGUACAUAAUUCUGAUGAGAAAAAAAAAUCUUUGCAAUUCUCUAAGCCAUGUUAUUGUUAUUCUGUUAUUGUUUUCCAUGGAUGAAAAUAUCAGUAUUAAGUAGCCAGCAUAUUAUUCAAAUGUUUAGACUUAUUAAUAUGUUCUUGUCCUGUAUUUAUAUGUAUGUGUAUUUUGGAAAGUAUUCCCUUUUUUAAGGGGAGCUAUUAUUAGAUACAUAUCGAAAAAGGGAACCGUGACCCCUUUGUGCCUCUUCCACUGAGGAUAACAAGCACAGCGUUGUAGUCUCUUCCUACACCUCCUUGCUAGGAGCUUGUCAUUACACUUUUAUUAAUUUCAUGGGCAGCACGGGGAAUGGACAGGGGAAGAGGGAAGCAUUUGAUGACCUAGCCCCUCCAGGGUCUGCCACCCCUUGGCCCGGUCCGCAGUGCCCAAGGAGGGAAGAGGAAAAAGCAAGCAAGAGUCCCCAAGGCCCCUGUCUGGAGCUUUCUCACCUGAGCCGGGUCUCGCCCCAUGCUCUUUGAACUUGGAAAUGUCAUCGGAGCCAUUACGCCUGCCCUCCAGCAUCUAAUCAACUUGAAUCUACUCUAAACAAAUAUUUAAUCCAGCCUCACUACAUUCUAGCCCAGUGCAACAACUAACCCUGAAUUGUGGGGUGUUCCAGCCUCUAAAGAGGUGGCUGAGCCCCCCCACCCUGGGGCUGGGAGGCUGGUGGCAGCGGGGAUCUUUGCUCUCAUCGCCAAACUCACUGUUGGACCCCCCCCCCCCAUGGUGACCCUGUCCGUGUCUGUGUCUGUUCAUGUGUGUGUGUGUGUCCAGCUAAGAAGACAAACAGAACCCGUGGGCCCUGGCUGGAGGGCGCGAGGGUCAGCCCCCCGCGCUUCCCCCRGGGCCGCCCGCGGGGUGGCAUUCCGUUGUGUGCCUUACUCCUGGAGACUGUACGGCUUGCCUAAGGAAAUGUAGCCUUC